AGGGACGCGGAGGAGGCGUUCACAUGAAAAAUAUCGGUCUUGUGUCACAGUUCUGUGGGAGAUGGGAGGUGUAUGUAUUUCGCUACUACCUCGAGUGAGGACGUUUUCUCUGUUUCUAAUCAUUUCCACAUGGAUGUCUGGUAACCAAGGAAGGUAAAGGUAUCGGAGCUUAACUGGAACCCGCCCUUAAACAUUCUAUAACGCAGUGACGUCAUUUUGUUCGGCAUAUACUGCUAACAAGCUAGCUAGCUUGCUACAUAACCAACGCACACUGUCAGAAUGGCAGGCGCCGCGAGCAGCAAAGGUUGUCAGAAGAUCAGUGGGUCUCAAAUCAGAGAUCUGCUUGACGCCAAACGCUUCGUGCUUUUUGACUGCGAUGGGGUGAUUUGGAACGGCGAAACGGCGGUACCCGGCGCGCCAGAGGUAGUGAGUUUGUUGAAACAACAAGGCAAAGGGGUGUUUUUCGUUACCAACAAUUGCACCAGGCCUAGAGAAAACUACGUGCAGAAGUUUUCCAGAUUGGGCUUCAGUGAUGUCGUGCAGGAAGAGAUUUUUAGUUCGGCGUACUGCUCUGCAGUUUACCUGCGAGACGUGGCUAAGGUACAAGGCAAGGUCUUUGUCAUCGGGGGUAAUGGAGUGUACAAAGAGCUCCAGGACGCUGGUGUGCCUUUCGUGGAGGAAGAGGCUGGUGUAUCCGAAGAGAGCAUAUACGACUGUCCGUUAGAUUCGGAGGUCAGGGCGGUUCUGGUCGGCUACGACGAGAAAUUUAAUUUCUUGAAACUGGCUAAGGCUUGCUGCUACUUGCGGAAUGCGGACUGUCUCUUUCUGGCCACAGACCCCGACCCCUGGCAUCCGCUCAGAGGUGGAAGAGUCACACCAGGUUCCGGCAGCCUGACGGCAGCCCUGGAGACGGCCACCGACCGCAAGGCCACAGUCAUCGGCAAGCCCAGCCGCUUCAUGUUCGAGUGCAUCGCCAGCCAGUUCGGCGUGGACCCCGCCCUGGCCCUCAUGAUCGGGGACCGCCUGGAGACGGACAUCCUCUUCGGGGCCAACUGCGGGCUGGACACCAUGCUCACCCUGACGGGGGUCUCCGGGAUGGACGAAGCCGAGGGCUACAAGGACAGCGACGCCCUGGAGAAAAAGGACUUUGUGCCAGACUACGUGGUGGACACCAUCGCCGACUUCCUGGACGCGCAGGAGGAGGACUGAUGCCUCCGUCGAAGCAGGACCGACAGCCAGCGGCGAUCACACAGGCAGCCUCCUGCCACGGGCACCCUCUUCCUCCUCCUCCUCCUCCUCUAUCUCCUGUAUUUCACUGGACCUCAGUCUCUCCCCCACCCACCCCAGCAGUCACAUGAACCCUUACAUUCGUCAGUUUCAGUCACACACGUGCACGAUCCAUCUGCAGGGGCGUGGGUUCGAGAGAACGUUUGAGCACAGAGAGCGACCCUUCCAUAAGCCAACAUUCGAACGUAUUCUGUGGAAACUCAUCACUGUUUUCAUAGUCUAAUACAUUCCAACAAAAAAAAGCAGCUUUUAAAUGUCUUCAGGUCGUGUUUAGUCUUGGGGGAUUGUACAAGUGAUAAGCCUGCAGUUAAAAUCUGCUUAUCUCAAAUACAACAGCCGGUGUUGUGCUCAUUGAGACAAUCAACCAGACUAAGCGUACUAGUUGGUGAAAUCGUCUGGUGUGAUUUCUCACUGCUCUGGCCUGGAAAGUUUGGCCUCAGAGUGUUAAAAUAGCAUAGAUUAAUAUUCAUACUCAUGUGCUCCCUGCAUUACACAGACCAUAAUACACCAGAAUUCUUCUGCUGAGGCAGUCUGUGACGAGUUCGAAAAAAAAGUGAGCCUACAAUGUUUAUGACGGGUUGGACAUGCCUGUCACUCACAAUCAGCAGUUCUGUUUUAUAGGGUGAAAUUAUGCAGGCUCAGACUUCCCCUUUGGAACUGAAGCUUGUAAAAUUGAAAAAAAUAAAAAAUAAAUGUAUGAAGUCCAGUCGCCAGUCCAAGGCCAGGGCCUCCCCAAAAUAUUAUUUCCUGUUUUUCCACAUUUCACCAAAGCAUUUACAAAAACAUGAGUCUAACAGCAUCACAGAAAAAACUGCACUGCCGCUGCUUCGCACUACUGCAAGAUAUUUCUUAUU